AUGGCGAGUGAACGUCGCAAGAGGUACAACUUUGAUGAGACCUUGUCAAGUUCAAUUGGUGUGGUGCCGAUCGAUCCUCGAUUACCAGCACUCUAUGCAGAAAAAGAAAACCUUGUGGGCAUUGAUACACCAAGAGUAGAGCUCAUCAGGUUUUUGACUGAAGGGGAGGAUAAAUUGCUGCAAAAACUGCAGGUGGUAUCUAUUGUUGGACUUGGUGGACUAGGAAAGACAACUCUUGCCCGUCAAGUUUAUGAAAAAAUUGGUGGGCAGUUUGAUUGCCAAGCAUUUGUGUCAGUUUCUCAAAAACCCGACAUAAGGAAAAUAUUCAAAAAUAUACUGAUCAAUAUAACAGAGCUCGAUUAUGGAGCCAUAGAUGCAUGGGAUGAGGAGCGGCUCAUCAAUAAACUCAGGGAAUUUCUCAACGAUAAAAGAGGAUGUGCUGAUAUGGAGGGAUCCAUUGAUAAGAAGAUGGAUAGCCGAAGGGUUCAUCACUACACAAGGGAUAUUAGGAGAUUAUUUCAGUUAAAAUACUUGAGGCUGAGUGAAGUUAGCAUAAGUGAGCUUCCUGAACAGAUAGGCGAGCUACAAGAACUACAGACACUAGAACUCCAACGUACCAGCAUAAAAGAAUUACCGAAGAGCAUAGUUCGGCUGAAAAAUUUAGUGUUUUUGGUUGCUGAUGGCAUAACUCUACCAGAAGGAAUAGGAAAUAUGAAAGCUUUGCAGAAACUUGUAGGGGUGAAAGUUGAUAUCAGCACCCCAGUGGAUUGUUUGCGUGAACUGGGUGGUCUGAAUGACCUGAGACGUCUGUAUAUAAUAUGGUGUGUUAGUGAUGCAUACCCUGACAAGAAAACAUACACAGAUAGCUUUAUUUCCUGCAUCGACGAGCUGUGUACAUUCAAGCUUCGGUACCUACAAGUUGGAUGCGAUGUUACAAAUGAUUCUUCUCUGGAUUUCAUGCUGGAUUCUUGGUAUCACCCUCCUUACCCACUUUACAAUUUUCAGAUGACCACAUACUACUGUUUCCCCAUAAUUCCAGAGUGGAUGGCCACGCUUUUUAACGUCGCAUUCCUGGACAUCAAUGUUACUUCUGUGGGGAAGGAUGUUCUUCGGAUCCUUGGGGACUUGCCUUCUCUCUUAUCUCUUUCAAUUACGACGAAAACAAUUGUAUCAGAAAGGCUAGUCUUCGGCAGCAAUGGGUUCCAAUCACAAACAGCAGGAUCUCUAAACAGCAACUUCUAUGUAGGCCUCCACAACAUGGUUUGCCUCAAGAAUCUUGUCAUUGAGGUAGACUGUAGGGAGGCGAGGGCAGAACAAGUGGAGGCUACAGAGGCUGCUGCCAAGAAUGCUAUUGCAAACAAUCCUCUCCCCGAUCAUCUCAAUGUUCAAAUCAGAAGAAACUGGGUACACAGAAUAAUAAAGGACACGGUCAUGGGCAACAGCGUUGUGGAACAGCAAGAGGAGACAACAGUAAAGAUUCAUUAUAACUGA